AUGCCAGCGAAAGCAUCCGGUGGAAAAGGAAGCAAAGGAGGAAAAGGGGACGUGAAAAUUGCAUCGAAAGCACCGAAAAAGAAAGAAGGAGGUGGAGGAAAAGCUAAGAAGAAGAAAUGGUCAAAAGGAAAAGUUCGUGAUAAGCUUAACAAUAUGGUCCUUUUUGAUCAAGCUACAUAUGAUAAAUUAUAUAAGGAGGUUGUAACCUAUAAACUUAUAACACCUUCUGUGGUUUCUGAACGGUUGAAGGUUCGUGCUUCAUUAGCCAAACAAGGACUCAAGGAAUUAUUAGCGAAAGGUGGACUUAUUAAAUGCGUUGUUCAUCACGGAGGACAAUUGGUUUAUACUAGAAGUACAAAAGCCGAUGAAUCUUCUAUUGUUGAAUGA